AUGUGGAUACUACUGUUUGUGAGCUUUGGAAUCCAGACUGUUUUUGCUCAAACCUCAGGAGAAGCCAAGUCAGUGUACUUCUGGCAGACAGGUCCAUGGGGAAGGUGUAUGGGCAGCGAGUGUGGCCCGGGUGGCAGCCAGAGCCGAGGGGUAUGGUGUGCCCACGUGGAUGGCUGGACCACGCAACCUACAAACUGCCCACAUUCAUCACGUCCAGCCAACCAGCAAAGCUGCUUUCGUGUCUGUGACUGGCACCGGGAGCUGUACAGCUGGCAGCUGGGCUCAUGGAACCAGUGCUCACCGAUAGCGCAACAAUUAGACACCACUGCGCCAUGCUUGCAUAGUAAACCGGGCAUCCAGACACGUGAGGUAAGCUGUGUGCUAAGAGCUGACGGCUCGCCAACUGACCAUUCAAUCUGCGAAUACUUUGAGCCAAGACCACGGCUGGAGCAGGCGUGUUUGGUUCCAUGCCCGCGGGACUGUGUUGUUUCGCAAUUCAGCCCAUGGACUUCCUGUUCCAAGACCUGCGGUUUAGGCCUGCAGAACCGUGUUCGGUCUGUUCUCGCACCGCCGCUGUUUGGGGGCAUGGGGUGCCCAAACCUUACAGAGUUUCGAACUUGUUCGCCAAGGCAGUGCGAGGGCAGGGAGAUGGUCUUCAACCUAAGGGUGGGCAACUGGAGUGAGUGUCGCCUUCUUCCAGUGCCAUCCCCAGUGCCUUCAGCGUCUGCCUCGGCACCACAUGCAAUUCGCCAAGCCAGACGCAGGAAAGGUAAAGAGCGGCAGGGCACCAGGGACCCAGAGACACGUGAGCUCAUCAAGAACAAGAGGAACCGCAACAGGAUGAACCGGCAAGAGAGCGGCCUCUGGGGCAUUGAAGUGGGCUACCAGGAACGCCAGGUGGUCUGUGUUCACCGCAAUGGCAGCGUAGUCCCCCUAAGUCAGUGCCCCCACUGGAAUCUCCCAGACUUGCACCGGCCCUGUCUGAUGCCUAAAGAUUGCGUGCUUGGUGAAUGGGAAGAGUGGACGCCAUGCUCGAAGAUGUGUGCUGACCCUGACAGUCCUACAGGCACUCGGACCAGGAGCAGAAAGAUCCAACAGCUUCCUGUGGGUGGAAGAGCCGAGUGCCCGCUGCUGGAGGAAAGUCAGCCCUGUGAACCGCUGGGAGAGGGCGUGCCACGCUGUGCCAUCUACACAUGGAAGACAACAGAGUGGGGCGAGUGUCGUGUGGACGUCUUGCUCAGCCAGCAGGACCGACGUCGUACCAACCAGACAGGCCUGUGUGGAGGUGGCAUGCAGAUCAGAGAGGUCUACUGCAUUCAGGAAAGUGCUGAACUCGUCACCUACAUGAGAGACGACCAGGACAAUCCAGAAUUACAGCCUGUAAACAGUCAGAUGUGUGCUGGUCCCAGACCGAACACCAGCCAGCUGUGCCAUAUUUCGUGCCCUGUGGAGUGUGAGGUCUCACCGUGGGAGGCCUGGGGGCCGUGCACCUUCGAAAACUGCAAUGACCAAAGUGUGAAAAAAGGCUUCAAAUUCCGAAGGCGAAAGAUUGUGAAUUACCCGACCGGAGGUGAGGGCAGCUGUGCCCACCUUGUGGAGGCUGUGCCCUGUGACGAGCCCAGCUGUUUUAGCUGGCAGCUGAUUGGUCUGGAGGAAUGUGUCCCUGAUGAGGACAUGGACUGUGGGCCAGGAACUCAGCUUCCUCAAGUCCGCUGUGUCAACAGUGAAGGUACUGAUGUGAAUAGGGAGCUGUGUGAUGAGACAGUCGCCCCUGGUCCUGUUCCCUGUGUUGUCCCAUGUCCUAAAGACUGUGUCCUCAGCCCCUGGACAUCCUGGUCCACCUGUUCCCAGACCUGCUCCAGCAAAACAGCCGAGGGCAAACAGACGAGGACGAGAGCCAUCCUGGCCUUCAAUGCUGGAGAAGGAGGCUCGAGUUGUCCAAACGCCAGCACCCUACAGGAAAUAAGGAGCUGUAAUGAACAUCCCUGCAUUGUUUACCACUGGCAGACCAGCCCGUGGGGGCAGUGCAUCGAGAACACAUCAGUCACCACGGUCAAUUCUUCAAGGGCUACACCUUCUGGGAGGAGCAAUUCGUCAUGUGCCAUGGGCAUGCAGACUCGUAAAGUCAUCUGUGUUAAAGUCAACGUUGGCCAGGUUCCACCUAAAAAAUGUCCAGAAGCUCCUCGACCAGCGUCGGUGAGGCAGUGUGCGUUACCCUGUAAGAGAGACUGCACAGUGACCCCGUUCAGUGAAUGGACGACCUGUCCUACAUCUUGCGAAGCAGGUCUCAGUGGCCAGAAGAACAACCAGUCUAGAUUCCGUGUGAUUAUCCAAAAGCCUGCCAACGGGGGUCUGGACUGUCCUGAUGUUCUGUAUGAAGAGAAGGAGUGUGAGAGUCCACUUCCCAGCUCUUCCUGUAGUGGAUACAGGUGGAAAACCCACAAAUGGCGACGGUGUCAGCUCGUCCCGUGGAACAUUCGGCAAGAAAGCAAAGGGGCUCAACAGGGGUGCGGUGCAGGUCUCCAGACCAGAGCGGUUUCAUGUCGGCAGCUGGAUGGAUCUGCAGCCGACAUAAUCCAAUGUCUGAAGUUUGCCAGCUCCAUGCCAGCUAUAAACCAGCCGUGCCAGCUGCCCUGCAGAGACGACUGCCAGCUAACCAACUGGUCUAAGUUCUCCCCGUGUACUACUGACUGCGUGGGCGUGCGCACUAGGAGAAGAGCCCUAGUGGGAAAGAGCAAGAAAAGAGACAAGUGUAAAAACAGUCAGAUGUAUCCGCUAAGCGAGACUCAGUACUGCCCCUGUGAUAAGUACAACGCCCAGCCUCUGGGUAACUGGUCUGACUGCAUCCUGCCUGAGGGUGUGCUGAGCAUGCUCGGUACCCGAGUGCAAAGCGAUGCCCAGGAGUGCGGACAGGGUUACCGCUACCAGGCCAUGGUGUGUUACGACCAGGACAACCGACUGGUGGAGUCGUCACGCUGCAACAGUCACGGGUACAUCGAGGAGGCCUGCAUCAUCCCAUGUCCAUCAGACUGCAAACUGAGUGAGUGGUCCAACUGGUCACGCUGUAGCAAGUCCUGUGGCAGUGGGGUCAAAGUUCGCUCCAAAUGGCUCCGAGAAAAGCCGUAUAACGGCGGAAGACCCUGUCCCAAACUCGACCAUGUCAACCAGGCACAGGUGUACGAGGUUGUACCAUGCGUGAGUGAUUGUACUCAGUAUGUGUGGGUGGCCGAGCCAUGGAGUGCCAUGAAAGUCAGCAAUGUGGACCUGAAGGAAAACUGUGGUGAAGGGGUGCAGACCAGGAAGGUCAGGUGUAUGCUAAACACGGUGGAUGGUCCCACUGAUGUAGUAGAAGACUACCUGUGUGACCCGGAGGAGAUGCCAGCGGGUACCCGGGAAAGCAGACUGUCAUGCCCAGAUGACUGUGUGCUGUCUGAAUGGAGUGUCUGGACGGCCUGCCAGCUGCCCUGUAAUGGCCAAAGGUUUCGGCAGAGGACUGCCUCCACGCUGCGCAUGCCUGAGGAGGGAGGAGAGUGUCCAAAAAGUAUGGAAACGGAGUCAUGUCUACUCAGCAAGAACUGCUUUCACUACAGCUAUAACAUCACAGACUGGAGUACGUGUCAGUUAAGUGCGAACGCUGUGUGUGGAAAAGGCCUAAAGACCCGAAUGCUAGACUGUGUAAGGAGUGACAGCAAAUCUGUCGACCUCAAGUUCUGCCAGCAGUUGGGUCUGGACAGGACAUGGCAGCUGAAUACUUCCUGUAUGGUGGAGUGCCCAGUGAACUGCCUGCUCUCGGCGUGGUCAGCAUGGACAGAUUGCUCUCAGACCUGUGGCCUGGAUGGGAAAAUGGUGCGCAGGCGGACCGUGAUCCAGCUGUCUCAGGGUGAUGGAAGACCGUGUCCUUCACAGAUGGAGCAGUGGAAGCCGUGUCCAGUUCGUCCCUGCUAUCAGUGGCGCUACAGUGCCUGGUCCGAGUGCCGUGUCGAGGAGGUUGUGUGUGGCGAGGGCCGGCGUUUUCGCAACCUGUCCUGCUUCGUCUCAGACGGCUCCCAAGACACUCAAGUCAGCCUGGUAGAGGAGGAUCUGUGUUCAGUUCUGGAGUUGGCAAUCGAUGUGGACAAGAAGAUUGUUUUGGAAGAGGCGUGCACUUUACCCUGUCCAGGUGAUUGUUAUCUGAUGGAGUGGUCGGACUGGACCAUGUGUCAGAGUGUAUGUUUUAACGGUCAGCGUCUGGACUCCAGUGCCGUGCAAGUUCGUUCCCGUUCCUUUGUCGUCCAGGAGCCUGAGAAUGUUGCCCAGUGCCCUGAUCAGGAGUGGCAGUCUCGUCCCUGCACUGACGGUGAGUGUUUUGAGUACAAGUGGACGAGCGGUUCUCGUCUGGUCUGGUGUGAGCGCUCAGAUGGAAUGAACGUCACAGGAGGCUGCCCACCAACGAGCCCACCUGGGGUGGAACUGUUAUGUGCGCCACCUUGUAACAAGCCACGUUCAUUUUGCCAGGAAGGCGAGUGUGUGUGUGAGGAGGGCUACUCGGAGGUACUGAACCCUGAAGGUUUACUGCAGCAUUGUGCUCCGAUUCUAGUACUGGAGAUCCCUACAGCAGGCACCAAGACUAACGAUGUGAAGACGAGCCGAGCUGUAGACCCCACCACCUUCACCACAGACGAUCCAGGCCCACCGGGGCGCACCUGGUACCUGAAGCCCUUCGGACCAGAUGGUAAACUGAAGACGUGGGUGUAUGGUGUGGCGGCUGGUUUGUUUGUACUCCUAGUAUUUAUAGUGUCCAUGAUCUAUCUAGCGUGCAAAAAGCCAAAGAAACCACAGCGACGACAAAACAACAACAGACUGAAGCCACUAACUCUGGCGUACGACGGAGAUGCUGACAUGUAGCAUUUCUAACAGCCUACUCUGAACUUCCAUUCAAGUGAAAUUAAAAGAGACCCUAGUGAGCUGAACACUACUUCCAUCGGACUUUUUUACAGCGGAGCCUUUAGAACUCCUACACACAU